AUGAAAGACAAAUGGGAGAAUGAUGGAAGGAAGGAGUUUACUGAAGAUCAGAGGAAGAAUGGUGAGCUUUGUUAUAACUGGAGCCCAUCACUCCUGACUGAAUGCAAUUUUUAAGGCAUGUCAGCCUAUAUAUGUAUAAACAUGCAAAUAUCCUGUGCAUGGAUACUUCAAAGCCUCUUGCUUAAAAUGAAGUCUUAUGCCAAUUUUGAAUUCUUCAGUGAAGCCUCACUCCAGUCAACAAUAAUUUCCACUAACAAACUGUCUUUUUUUUUUUCAAUUUUGAUAGUGAAUGGAAAGAAUGGCGAUCACUGGUUUUCAGUUACUGUUUGUGUUGGUAGGUAAAAUUUUUAGACCAAACAAAAGAGAUGGCAGUAAUAGUCUCUUAGUAUGCAUUACAGCCCUUCAACUAAGACAAUUGUUGGUAGUAAGGAAGAUGAAAACUAAGGACUUCUGUGAGUUUGAUAAAGUUUCAAUAUAGAAGGUUAUAUUUGUACUUGUGACACUGAUAUAGUCUCAAUUAGAUGCCUUUUCUUUUACCAAAUUUCUGUUAGUUGCAUCAUUUAGGGUUAGAUUCAAAGUUUCUUGGUAUUUAUUAUUCAAUAACUGUGAACAUGCCAUCUGUUCCAGUUCAAUUACUCAAAAGAAAGUUCAUGUAUCAAAUGUUAUAAAUGUACUUGUGACACUGAUGUAGUCCUAAUUAAAUCAGAUUCCUUUUUUUACCAAAUUUCUGUUGGUUGCAUCAGUUAGGGUUAGAUUCAAAGUUUCUUGGUAUUUAUUAUUUAAUAACUGUGGACAUGCCAUCUAUUUCAGUUCAAAUACUCAAAAUACAAUAAAAAUUAUUCUCUUUGUCCAAUCAUUGAGCACCUCUUGCUGUGUACAACAGAAGCCCAUCAGAAUAUGAAGCUUUACAUGGCUUGAGGAUUUUACAGCUGCCAAAUUCCAAAAGCCUGAGGCAGGCAAUCAAAGAUGACUCAGUAAAUCCUAGUAUUGAUGAAGAGUACCUCCUUGGCCAAUACAAAAUCUAUGCCAACUUCCAAAAGAACAGAGAAGAAGAAGGACACCACAAAUCAUUAGCACUUCAAGUCUUGAUGUGGAAUGAAGUCAAGGUGAACACGUAAUUGGAAAUUAGUACAACAUCUUGAAGUUAAGAGUAAGUAAAUGUUUAUCUGUGAAAGUAUAACUUUAACCACAGUGUGUUACAUCAAUAUAUUAGAGAUCCUUAGUGGAAUGAUGGACUCCUGACACAAGAUAAUAACUCCACUAAUAAUGACUUAUUUAGUUGCUUAUGAGCAUUAUUCUCUUAAAAAUUAGAACCUUCAGAAAUAAGGUACAUGACUCUUAUGAGUAAUUUAAAAUUUCUAUUUGUUAUAAUAUAGAUCCAAAUGAAAGUUACACAGAACCUGAAAGGAGCUAGCAUGACUGGCCUCAGUGCACCUGAAGAUGAGUUAAAGGUGCCCCAUGAUGUAUUCAGUGCAACAGUCCAGCCUGGUGCACAAAAAGCUUCAUUUAUAGUUCAAUUUCUUUGGUAA